AUGGCCGAACGAGCACAACUCAACAGUCUCUCAGACGAAUACCAGAGCCUGCAAACAGAACUCAGCACACUCGUCUCAGCACGUCAAAAGCUCGAGUCACAACAACAAGAGAACGUAGGCGUUCAGAAGGAGUUCAAUGGCUUGGCAGACGACGCCACAAUCUACAAACUCGUUGGCCCAGUGUUACUGAAGCAAGACACGACCGAAGCGAAGAGUACAGUAGAUGGAAGGUUGAGUUACAUAGAGCAAGAAAUUAAGAGAAUCGAAGGAAGCAUCAAAGGCAUCCAGGAGAAGAGCGAAGGAAAGAAGAUGGAGAUUCUUCAGAUCCAGUCGCAAAUGCAGCAGGCUCAGUCGUAG